GCUACAGGCAGUCCCCAGCCCCGCGAGUACUUUCAUCGUAUCCACCGUCAAGCGUAGCGUCUGGCAAGUGCUUCAACCAGAAGAAAACCAAAGCACAACCGUUGUAAAGACAGGGCCUAAAACAUGUCCGCUCCUACCUCUGAGAACGCCGUGCCCGACGUCGUAUCGCCCUCCAGAGGUGAGUCUGCAGACGCACGCGACGUCUUGCGCAAUUACGAGCGCUCGCUGACUGCAGCGGUGCUGUCCCCGCUCUCUGCAGCUGCGCGUAGCCCGAGAAACGUCGCACAUAGUGUCGCCAUGCGAUCCAUCAACUCAGGGGAAGCCAGAGGCGCCUCAGCGCGUCACAUGUCUCCUCGAGCAGUUCACCACUCCUCAGAUGCCUUCGCUGACGCGCCGCCUGUGGUCUUAGCCACGUUCUCGCCGCGUAGACGCGCUCUGAGCGAGCAGAAAGAGACACUGGAAGCAGCUAAUAUCCGUGUGGAUUUAGCCGAAGAAGAAGGCAAAGCAGAGGAAGAGGGUGGAGACGGAGAAGUCGACACUCUGCGCCCACACGACAGGAUAUCGGACGAGGCCUUCGCGUCCUCUGGAAGGGGACAAAUCAAGGGCGCAGAGGCCGACGACGACAGCGAAGGCGGUUUUAUCUGCAUGGACGAGUUCUCAGCUAGACGUAAAGCUUAUCCCUUGCCAUGUACCGGUCAAUGUACCGGUGCAUUCGUCCAUUACCGCUGCAUAAUGGCCUGGCUAGGACAGUCCGGUAGUUGUCCGCUAUGUCGCGGUACGUGCGACCCGUUGGUGCUACAGCCAAUGCAGAAACUGGAGCUACAAGAUAUGACCAAGAUGGCCUUACAGCCAGUGCCUCUGGACGCUGGCAUCAUCCGUUGCUAUGUGAAGCAAGUGUAUCGCGGGAUGUUCAAGCAGUACGGCUAUGAGCUGUAUCUGCAAGGCCAGAUUGGCACGCAAGAGGAAGAUAAAUUCCUAUUGGCUGCAAGACGCCAAGUGCGCUCCAACAUGACAGCCAACUACACAAUUUGUACGGACAAAGAAUGUACGGACGCCAAACGGAUUGGACGCAUGGGCUCCAACUUUUUGGGUACAUGUUUCACAUUGUAUGACAACGGACGAGACCCGCAGAAAUUGGCCAAGAUACAAGAUGCAGUGAGCUCAGAUGAUUUGGUCGUACAGAAUGUGCUACAGAUUCGGGAGGAGCUGGGCUGUGUCACGUACGAGCCGAACCGCACCAGUGUGGGCCCACGGAAGAUGCGUGUCGUGAUCCCUGACGUUGAUGAAGAAGGCGGUUCCUCAAAGAUCGUGCGACCGAUGAGUCGUCAAGACCGACUCGUGACUCGUCUCUCCACGGGUGAAAUGAAGGAUCUGAUGCGCUUCUCGAACCGCGAGCCGGUCUUCCGUGAGGACCUGGGGGCCUACUGCCUGGACUUUGGCGGUCGUGUGUCCAUGGCGUCCGUCAAGAACUUCCAGUUGAUCAGCAGUGAAGACCCGUCCAUGGGCAACAUUCUGCAGUUUGGUCGUGUGGCGGACGACAUGUUCACGAUGGAUUUCCAGUGGCCUUUGUCUCCGUUUCAAGCCUUCUCCAUUUGCCUCAGCAGCUGUGAUACCAAGCUGGCUUGUGUCUAAACUUUGUGGACUCAUAUAUCCACAAAGUUUGCGCAGGGGAGUCCCUGAGUUGUUUCGUCAGGGACAGCUCAAGAGCACAGGGUGAAACAUGAUCUGGUCGUUGAAUAACUGUUAUAUCUAAUAAAACUCUCCGUUAGAAUUUGCA